UGUUUCUGAUCUGAUAUGGUAUUUCUUUUGUCAUGUUCAUUCAAGAUUCGACACGUUAUAAGUGAUGCGAGUUCAAAUGUUUCCAUCGAUUUGUCAGCCUUUUCAUCUUUUGAGAGGAUCGAUUCGUCAGGUUUGGCCCUGAUUCACCAUAUACAUUCGCAGAGGUAGUGAUGGCCAUCGUCCAUGAUAAAACUUCUUGGGUGCCUUCCGGAGCGUUGAUUUCCGAUCCGACGGCUCCGGGCGCGGGAAGUGUCCAGUGCUCCUGCUCACCGGCUCAGCUCCGCCGCGAUGCUGCUGCUACGGGCGCUGCUCCGGCGCCGGCGGCCGCCGCUCCCCGCCCACGUCCCCGCCGCAGGAUUCUUCACCAGCUCCGGGUGCGACGCCCUCGCCCCUCCUCCGCCUCCGCUGCCGGGGCCUCCUCCUGCGGCGGAGGGGCCCCGCGAUGAGCCGGGGCAGGAGGGCUCGCUGGCGCGGCGGGUGGAGCGGGCGGCGUCGGUGUGCGCGGCCAUGCGGGGGUGGAUGGCAGACGGCCGCGCCGUGCACCGCGGACACGUCUUCCACGCCGUCAACCGCCUCCGACGCCACCGCCGGCACCGCACCGCCCUCCAGGUCAUGGAAUGGAUCAUGAGAGAGAGGCCCUACAAGCUGAGUGAGCUUGAUUACUCAUAUCUCCUAGAGUUCACGGCUAAAGUCCAUGGCAUUUCUGAAGCGGAAAGUCUUUUCCUUCGGGUGCCUCAGGAAUACCAGAAAGAGCUGCUCUAUAACAACCUUGUCAUCGCUGCUUUGGAUCUGGGUCUGAUCAAGCAUUCCUACGCGUACAUGAGGAAAAUGAGGGAAUUGUCCCUGCCAAUUUCGCCAUAUGUUUACAACCGCCUGAUCAUCCUCCAUUCUUCACCUGGGCGCAGGAAAACUAUAUCCAAGAUCCUUUCUCAGAUGAAAGCUGAUCGUGUAACCCCUCACACGUCAACCUACAACAUCUUGUUGAAGAUACAGACCAAUGAGCACAACAUUGAUGGGGUAGCGAGGGUGUUCAAUGAUAUGAAGAGAGCAAAGAUUGAACCCAAUGAGAUCACUUAUGGCAUUCUAGCUAUUGCACAUGCUGUAGCAAGACUCUAUACUGUUUGCCAGACAUAUGUAGAAGCCAUUGAGAAUUCCAUGACAGGUACUAAUUGGUCUACACUGGAAAUUCUUUUAAUCUUAUAUGGAUACCUUGGGAAGGAAAAGGAGCUAAAGAGAACAUGGGAGAUCAUGCAAGGUCUCCCUCAUAUUCGAUCAAAAAGCUUCAUACUAGCAAUUGAAGCAUUUGGAAAGGUUGGGUCCAUUGAACAGGCAGAGAAGAUAUGGGUCAAUAUAAAUUCAACGAAGAAGUUAAGCCUUACAGAACAGUUCAAUUCCAUUUUAUCAGUUUACUGCAGGCAUGGUAUUGUGGAUAAAGCAUCAGCUGUGUUCAAACAAAUGAGAGCAAGUGGAUGCCAGCCGAAUGCUAUUACUUAUCGCCACUUAGCUUUAGGUUGCUUGAAAUCGGGUCUUGUUAAAGAAGCUUUGAACACAAUGGAUAUGGGGAAGAAAGAAGUUGUCACUAAGAAGGUGAGAAGUUCAACACCGUGGUUGGAGACUACCCAUAUGUUGCUUGAGAACUUUGCAGAAAUUGGUGACUUGGAAAAUGCAAAGAGAGUAUAUGGAGAACUGAGUGAAUCAAAAUAUUGUAGGAAUUCCUUUGUGUACAACACCCUCCUUAAAGCCUAUGUGAAGGCAAAAGUUUAUGAGCCAGAUUUGUUGAGGACAAUGAUUCUGAGAGGGGCAAUGCCUGAUGCUGAGACAUAUAGCCUUCUCAGACUGAUCGAACAGUUCAAGAUAUGAAGGCAUCUGUUUGCUGUUGCUUUCAAGGAGAUCAAGGAUUAGCACGAAAACAGGUGGUGAAUAUAGUCAUACAAAAAUCAGUAAUGAACUCGUAGAAAUUAUUUGGAGAACAUGAUGACCAAAUUGCCUUUUUGGUGAUCGAUUUAUUGCACAUUGAUCCCAACAUCUGCACAAUCCCUUUGGAGAGGUACAGCUGUCUUUUGUAUCCUAACCAGUUUUGCUAGAAACCUGUGCGUUCCAAGCUCUGGAAAUUUCCUUUCACCUCCAUGAACAAGCUAUACAAAAUGAUCAACUGGUUCAAUUGAAUGUUGGAAUCAUAAUCGUGAUCCAAUGUUUUCCCCCGGCGAACAUUAUAGGAGAGCUGCAUUUCAUUUCAAGUAGAAAAGAAGAGCAAGGGCAAAAUUGCAUUAGAUGGAACACAUAUGCUCUCCAGCAAGAAAGGAUGGAUUAUGUCUUUAUCAUGACGCACGACGUGUUACACAUACUAUGGGCAUCAUUGAUUUAUUGUACUAUUGUAACAGUCUUUGCAGACCCUCACAUUCUGCUGUAUAGGAGUUAUAUCUGCACAGAUGAGAAAACAGUAGAAGCUCUUCCCAAGCUGAAGAAACAAGUGCUGUUUUCCCAUAGACCUGAGCACAUCCAACUCCAGUCUAGCAUUUUUUUUCUCAUAUACAAGUCGACCGUGCUCUUGCAGUCAUGGACUCCAUAUGGCAGGGUACUGAUGGAUGCACAAAAAGCAGUUUCACCAAGUAUGUGAACUUAGCACCCAUUUCCGAAUGGUUUGCUCUUGAUCUCGUCGGUUCAGAUACAGUCCACUUCUGUGUUAAGGAGCCUGACAAUGUCCUUGGAGAUGACUACAAGAAGAAUCAAUGAUUGUUAUGGAAAGUGGAAUCCAUAUAAUCUGUUAAUUUGGAUUCCGAAUUAAUUAUAUAGGUUUUCAGGUUAGAAAUCUACAUAUUGGUCAAAGUGGUCCUGUAGGCCUGAGGAACUCUGUGGUUUUUGCAACUCUUUUAGAACUUACAGUUCUGGGUCUUGUGGAUUUCGUACAUUUGAUUAUUUCAUAAGUAUGUAUAGGAAAGUCCCCUACUGUUGCCUCCAGAAAAGGGAAAAGAAAAGGAGCCCGACAAUUCUACAUUGGGCUUUCUUGAUCUCCAGAAAUGAGCUGCUUCUCCAUCAACAAAGGUCGAAGGUGGACGGUUUGGAGGUCUCGGAAAAUGUCAUCAAUUUUGUCAAUAGAAUGGGUGUUCUAACCUUUACAAAUGUUCAGGUAGUCAAAUGACAAUGCUGAAAUGUAAUGGCCGACACAUGAAAAUGUGCACUGAUUUUAUCGUCUCCA